CGUAAAAUGGGAUACAAUUUUAAAUUUAUUUCAAUUUUAUUUAGUUAAUCAUAUAUUUAGGCCAUUAAGCUUUGUUGCAACUGUCUGCUUUUCUACGUUUAUUGUUUACAUUUAACUGUCACUGCUCUUCCCGCUGCCCAUAAAAAGCAUACCUAUAUCGAGUGUGUGUUGAUCGAACGAAGGUGUUGAUUAUUAACACCAAGUAUAACACUCUUAUCUCACUCACUACACUCAGUAGUUCAAAUACUCAGACUCUUCAAAUUUAACUUGCGUCAAUGGAGGACGUAGAAGUUAUUGCAGCGUCAGCGAUUUGUCUUUUUAGUAUAUAUAAUUAUGCAUGUGUUUUAAAUAAAUAUAAAGUACAACAAAGGCAUAGACGACGUAAGCGGCGAAUGUGGAUGAAUAAAAUUCAUCGUAACAGAACCUUAAAUAGCAUGGAACAGUCUUUUCAGGACAUGAUUCGUGAGGAUUCCGGAGAGUUUAACAACUUUUGCAGAAUGUCACCCUCCGAUUUCGAAUUUUUGCUAAGCAAAAUUGAGCCAAUGAUAAAAAGACAGAGUAGACUAAGAAUACCUAUAACACCAAAAAUACGCUUGGCAUUAACAUUACGUUAUUUAGCUACAGGGGAUAGCUAUAGAAAUCUCCACUACUUAUUCAAGGUUUCACCAUCAGCAAUCUCAUUAAUUAUACCUGCAGUAUGCAAAGCAAUUAACAUUGUUUUAAAGGAUCAAAUUAAGUUACCACAAUCGCCGGAACACUGGUUGUCCAUUGAAGAGGGAUUUAGAAGACAAUUUCCGCGAUGCAUUGGGGCUCUAGAUGGCAAGCAUAUUGUUAUAAAGUGUCCAACACAAAGUGGCUCAGGAGCAUAUACCAUUGUACUAAUGGCAUUAGUUGAUAUGGAUUAUAAUUUUAUUUUUGCUAACAUUGAGUCGAAAGAGCACACUAAUGAUUGCUUAUUGUGGCAGAAGAUAGAUUCAAACAAUAUUAAUUUACCACCAGAUACCCCAUUACCUGGAAGAGAACAGAAUGUACCAUAUGUUUUUCUUGGUGAUGGAGCCCUUGCAUCACAUAAACAUUUGAUAAUACCUUACCCAGGUAAUCAUAACAUAGGCACAAAAGAACAUACUUUUAAUUAUAUUCUUUCAAGUACUCGAGUAGUUGUUGAAAAUGUAUUUGGUCUCUUGACAAAUGUUUUCCGAGUGUUCAGAAAACCAAUAGAAAUUGACAUAGAAAAGGCACCAAUAAUAACUAUGACCUGUAUUUUAUUACAUAACUUUUUAAGGAGAAGUCAAUCAUCACAGAAUAUUUACACACCUCCUGGAACAUUUGAUGCUAUUAUCGAUGGAGAAUUAGUCGAAGGCUCUUGGAGACAACACAACAUAGCACCUUCAGUUAGUGCUAUAAGGCCUAUACCACUGGUAGCCACAGAUACACGAUCCGAAGUUUCUCAAAUUAGAUCUGAAUAUACUGAUUAUUUCUAUAAUUUGAAUUUAUAGAUUAGUGUAGUUUGAAAAAUAAUAAAUAUUAACUACUACAAUAUUUUAUUUAAUUCAAGGAAUAUCAGAAUCUGUUUGAAUUUAUAUAAACAUUUUAUUUAAAUACCAUUAAAAUACACUACAAUAAGUUUGUAGGUACUUAUGCCAAUAGAGGCCAAAGGACUCCUGGCAGCUCUUACAGCAACUAACAAUGAUUAAGCUGUUUUAUGGGGUGCCAGACCUAAAUAGUAAAUAGAAACCUGUUGUGCAUGCAACUUUUUCACAUUUAUGCAGCUCAACAAAAUAUAUGUUGAGUAUACAUAGUAUUAUGUUGAGUAUAAUCGUCAGACGUAUCCACCACUGAGCUGAGCUAGAACGGGAAAAUGGUUCAAGUUUGCAAAACUUUAGGUUUCUUGCUAGUUUCAUUUCAAUGCCUUGUGAAGUUAUUCCAUGAUUAAACUUAUUCUUAGCUACACGAGCUAUUGUAUUUGUGAUUACAUCUUUUCUCUCAAUUUCAAGUGGAUCAGAUUCAUUACUUACCUCACCA